AUGACGAGCUGGAGACGACUUGUUUACUUGUUUUCCAAUUUUGUAUGGCUUGCUAGAUUGCCGUGUUUAGGGGUCCUCGUUUACUUCUCCUCACACGUUAACAGCCUGUCCCCGUCAAGUUCCCUCGCCGUCGACACCACACCAAGAGCGGCCCUUGUAACCUUGGUCCACGACUACGACCUCGAGCCUCUGCUUUCGUCAAUUCAUCAGCUGGAAGAUGCGUUCAAUAAGAAGUACAACUACGACUGGGUGUUUUUCAGCACAGAGCCACUAAGCGAUGAGUUCCGUCGAAUCACCUCAAAUGCAACUUCGUCUACAUGCGUAUACGAGGUGGUCAGGCAGGACGAGGCCAAAGUCCAUCGCUGGCAAAAUGAUCGGCUAAAUCAAGAACAUCUACCUUCGCAAACUUCUCAGGACGCUCCAUCGCCGACUCGCGGCGACGUAUUGGAACCAAGACAGACUUUCCGCCAACUGAAACGAUGGAACAAUGGGCCCUUUGCCAAAGAGAAACGACUUCAGACCUAUGAGUGGUUUUGGAGGAUUGAGCCAGGUGCUCAAUUUACACAUGAUAUUGGAUUCGAUAUUUUUCGCUUCAUGAGAGAUCACAACAUUUCGUACGGGUCCAACAAAGCAAAUUUGGCACCAGUUCACCCGUCAAUGCUUUCACAACACGUAAAGGGCUUCCUGGAUAAACACCCUCAUUUGCUGCACGCAGAAGCUGAGAUUGCUUGGUUGUUGAGGUCUGGAAAUUACCGUGAACUGCAAAACCACCCAGAGGAAUCUCAAGAAACAUAUUCUGAUGCCAAACAGAUUGACGAUGACGCAAAUACACCAGCAGAGGCCUUUACUACUUGGCUGCGGACAUUUUAUGAGAGCGGCACGUCACCCAAAUUUGAGAUUGGUUCUCUCUCCUUUCUUCGGAGCCAUAGCCAUCAGGUCCUUUUGGAUCACUUUGAUGAAUACGAUAGUUCUUACGACGAAGGAAUUCCCGAUAUGUUGGUCCCAACUAUUAGUGCAAGCAUGUUUCUGCCACAAAAGAGUGUUUGGAACUUCCGCCAAAAAGACAGAGGGCUUACCAGCUGGCCACUACCUCCUGAUUCAACCCCAGAGCCGAGGCUCAAACUCUGGCACCGCAUGAAGCGAGCGGUGCGAAAUGAUUCACACCCGAAAAUAGCGAAUCAGAGGCCAAGUUCUUUGCGCGGUGGCCAAAGCGGUUUGAAGGAUCGAUUUGCUCUUUGGGAUAUGAUAGCUGAGGACUUUGGCAGACAGGAGACCAUACCGAGCCUUCGAUCUGGUGACACGGUAAUUGAUGAGCGCAACUUUGCACUCAGCUAA